AUGUUAAAAUACGGGGAUCACUGUAAUUACGUAGAUAGGCGGAUUAGCAAAAAGUCCUCUAAUUCUUAUAAUAGCCAAAUAGCAUCGGUAACUAUGGCAUUAUCGAUCGUUUAUUUCUUUAGCGAGUGCUAUCGCUUGGAGUCUGCCGUGAGCAACAUGGACAGAACGCCAAAUAAAAAGUUAAUUCGUAAACAAUCGAGCAAAGCAGUUUUCGGUAUAAAAUUGCCACCGAUUGAAAAAAAUGACACGGAUCAUAAUGUCAAAACCAUCUUGGAUGUCGAUCCCGAAUUCUUUUCACUCGUCGAAGGUAGAAAAAUUCGACCGAACACCUCUAUGAAUAAAUACAAGGAAGAUGUUAAAAAUUUUGCCUUAAAAAGGACUCUUCAGGGAUUUUUAACCGAUGAAAUGUUGAGGAUAGACAGAGAAAUGGAAAAUGAAAAAAAUAUUUACGAAUCCGCGUCUGCACAUUUCGCUGAUUGUCAAAAAAGUUUCGACAAAUUUUUGGCUGAUGAUAAUAACAAAACGAUUGCUAUUAUGAAAAAAUCCGAUGGCUUGGCAAAAGAUCUGGUGAAUCAGACUGAAGAACACAAACAAGCAAAUUACGAGGUGGCAACUCUUAAGUCAAAACUGCAGUACAUCGACGAAACUUUACUAAUAUUGCUGACGUUCGAGAAAUUCCUUCAUACAGCUGCACCGAUCUUGUGGCAGGAACAAAACAAUGUUCAACUGGACAGACAACACACUGAAAUCAUAGUAAUGGAUCCAAAUAUCUUCGUUCCUGUUAAUAAAGACAUAGUUCAAGAGCGCUUGAGUAAACUUUCAGCUCCAAAAUUGUAUUUUGAGACCCCUGAGCAACUUUUGGAAAUGUUUGAUUUGUUAGAACACCAAAAUCUCAAUUAUUUACUUGCUACAGAGGAAUUGAAUGCUGAAAAGAAUAAAUUGCUAAAAUCGAGAGAUGCAUUUAAAGCUGCUUUAAACCGAGAAUUAGAUUUUAUUCAAAAGAAGAUGGAUGGAAUCGAAGCCAUGAUCGUAACUAAUAAAAAUCGUGAGAUUGAAGUUAAGGAAAUAUUUUACAGAAUUCUAGCCGAUAAGUUAAGGUACAUAGUGUCUUCAGAACGUGCGUUACAAGUAUCUAACUACGUUGAAUAUGCCUACGAACAACUAAUUUCUAAUAAUGAAACUAAUCUCAGCCCUGUGGAAAUGACGAGGGCUUUGGAAAACGAAUAUGACAAUUUAAUGCUAGAUUUAUCCACUUACAAUUUGAACCUUGUGAAAGCAGUGGAGCAAGAAAUAUAUGAGAAUGAAAUAAAGAACAUGAAAGAAGCCAAAGAAGCAGCGAAACUUUUAAAAGACGUGGACAAGUUGAAUAGAAGAUUAAAGUCUUCUUUUGAGCCAACAAGAAGGAAAAUUUAUUAUUAA